AUGGCGGCACCAAUUUCUUUGGAGCAUGAAAUCCUUCUACACCCACGGUAUUUUGGCCCUAACCUCCUCAACACCGUGAAGCAGAAGCUGUUCACAGAAGUGGAGGGUACCUGCACUGGCAA